AUGGUGUUCCUUUAUAUAGGCGCCAGCUUCACUUCAUGGACCGCAGUAUUGCUCUGGUCGCUACUUACCCUAUGUAUUUCGAUAGUGGGGCAGAUCAUAUAUCGCCUCACGCUUCAUCCCUUGGCUGGAUUUCCGGGGCCAAAGUUGACGGCGGCGACAAAAUGGUACGAGGUUUAUUUCGAGUUGGUGAAGAGGCCUCAAGGUCAAUUUUCAAGAGAGAUAGAUCGCAUGCACGAUCGAUAUGGCCCAAUCGUACGCAUCAACCCAGACGAGCUUCAUGUACGCGACUCAGACUGGUAUGACGUUUUUUAUGCACCAAGUACAGUUCCUCGAGACAAAUACCCGCCAGCAGCCAAUAUGGCGGGAACUGGCCUCGGAACUUUUGGAACAGUGAGACAUGAACUUCAUCGACGAAGAAGGGCUGCCGAUGCCCCGUUAUUCUCGAAACGGUCCAUCCAACAAUCAGAAAGCCUGAUAAAGGAACAACUACAGCGAUUGACCGCCACAUUUAAGAAGGCAUCUGUUUCGGAUGAGCCGCUGAAUCUAGGGACUAGUAUGCUAGCAUUUUCGACGACUACGCUCGGCUUGUUCGCAUUCAAUUUUGAUUUUAACUUUUUGGACGAUGCCAAAGCAGCUGAGAACUGGCGGAAAACUAUAGAUUCGGUGACAGUCGUUACUAUUGCUGCUAGGCAGUUCCCAUGGCUGAUUCCCUUGGCCAUGAUGACUCCUCGGGCUUUGGCUCGACCGGUGUUGCCUGACUUGUGCCGUCUCCUAGAUGCUCACGUUAGAAUCGGCGAACAGGUCUCUAACUAUAUGUUGACAAGGACGGAGCCAAAGGGAAAAGUCGUCCGCAAGGAACGGCCUCUAACUAUCUUCCAGGCUAUUGACGAGAGUUCACUCCCAGCACAUGAGAAGAAUGCACCGAGACUUACUCAAGAAGGGAUCACACUGCUACUCGCUGGAGGGGAGACUGUUGCACGCUCUCUCAUCCAUAUCAUAUUUCAUUUGCUAGACAACCCUGACGUAUACGCCAAAGUCAAAGCAGAGAUAGAUGAUGCCACCCCAAAAGACCAACUAAUACCCUCAACCAAGACAUUAGAGAGUCUGCCAUGGCUGACUGCUUCGGUACGCGAGAGUCUUCGGCUCUCUGCCGUCGUUUCUUCUAGGUUGCCUGAGAUGGCGAGAACGAAGAUACAUUAUGGGGAAUGGGUAAUACCAGCUAAUACCCCAGUCAGUUUGCACCCAUCAAGUGUCCUCCAUGACCCUUCUGUCUAUCCCGAACCAUCAAAAUUCAAACCUGAGCGCUGGUUUGAUGCAUCAGAUCGUGCCAACCGGUGUUUUGUGCCUUUCGGUAAAGGCGCACGUAUGUGUUUGGGUAUGGACUUUGCGUACACCCAAAUUUUUAUGACGAUUGCGACUUUCCUUCGGACAUUCGAUCUUGAACUAUACGAAACUUACCGCGCACGAGACAUCGAUCAAGAACGUGAUUGUUUCGUCGGUAUGCCUUCAGAGAACAGUCCAGGCGUAAGGGUGAAGGUGCAUAUGCGCCUAGGAAAUUUGGACCCCAUGUUGCAUGACACAUAA